UUUUUUCAACAGAUUAGUGACAGCUUACCACUUCUUGGAUUUUUAAACAAUGAAGAUAAAGAAGACAUUUGGCGAUUCUGGAAAACAGUCUCAUCAGCUGUCAAAAUAGCUGUAAAUGGCAAAGGUGAUAUUGUUGAAACUCCUCGGAGAAAUUCCAAGUCAAGUAAAUAUACCAGAGAAAGACAAUUAGAGGAGUAUCGUUUACAGCAACUUGACAGAGGCGCCAUUACUAUUUAUGCGCCAGUAAAAUGUUCGGAAAAGGGUUAUAGGAAAUAUCGAAUAUUAAAAUUGGCUAAUCAGAAAAAAUUAGCCGAUUACUAUGAAACCCUUCCGAUUUUAGAUGGAGAAGAAUCGGCCUCAGAUAUUCCUUUCCCAGAGGCAGAUCUUGAUAACUUAGAUUUCUCUGCUAUCAGUAACUGUAAUGACAUUGAAGUGAGUAAAGUCACUAGUGAUUUAACUGGUCAUGUUGCUACAAAAGAUGAUCUGCCUCAGGAAAUUGAUGAAGACUUGAAGGCUGUUUCCAGCUUUUUAAAAGUUAAUUCAACAAACUUUUGUGCUCAGGCUGCCACUUUUUCUGAAAGUUCCACAAAUGACCAUGAAAAGAAUUCGGUCAAGGCUGAAAAGCAAAAACCUGUACGAAAGAUCUGGCCCGUGGGGCGUCCUACAACCAGGUCAUCUACAGGUGCUCGGGUUAUUAGGGACAAAUGUUCAGUCAUUGAAGAUUCCAAACUCACUGU